GGGGCUCCGGGCUCGCCGGGACCAUGGGAUAGCGACGGAGCUGGCGAGGGACAAGCCGCAGCCCUGCCGCCCGUGCCCGGCGGGGCCUGGGAGUGCAGCACAAUAGCCCGGGAGGAGGGAGCCGGCGAGCGAGCGAGCGGUGGGGCUCUGCGUUGCCCCGCACAUCCCAGCCCUGCCGCUGAGCGCAGCUGCACCAGGUCCUCGGCCCCCCGCCCGGGGCCGCAGGGGGUGGGUGAGACUCACCUUCCCUCCCUCCCGCCCACCUCGGCUCCUUUGUCCAAGCUGCCUUGGAGGCGCCCGGUUUGCUGCCUCGGGAGCAUUGUUGUCCUCGGGCAUGCGGGGGGUGAAGUAGGGGGUGCGCGGGGAAAGGGGGUCGGAAGCAGGAGGAGAGGAGAGGGGACGUUCUCGGACACAGGACCAACUGGCUUUACCUCCCUGUUUUUCUUCGUGCGUGGACUGGGGAAAAGAUCCAUUCCGUGAGUUAACCCGCCUCUGGCCGCGCCGUAGCUCUGUGUGAAAUUCAGCUGGCGUAUUCUCUCCACCUCCUGCUCCCCACCGGGAUCUUUCCCCGGAUGCAAAAUGGUGGACCCAGUGGGGUUUGUGGAGGCUUGGAAAGCCCAGUUUGCAGACUCCGAGCCUCCCAAGAUGGAGCUGAAAUCUGUGGGAGAUAUCGAGCAGGAACUGGAGAUGUGCAAAGCCUCUAUCCGGAGGCUGGAGAUGGAGGUCAACAAGGAGAGGUUCCGUAUGAUUUACUUGCAGACUCUCUUGGCAAAGGAGAAGAAGAGCUAUGACCGACAGAGAUGGGGGUUCAAGAGGAUUUCCCAGUUGCCUGAAGGGGAUGCAGAGCAGCAAGACCAAGACCCACAUCAUCACCAAACCACCGAGCAAGGGGAUCCAGAAAAAAACAAACCAUACCAAGGAGAGGAGAAGUUCAAGCCAAGGAUACCUUCUCUGAGGAAGCUGUCUACCCAGAGUGAUGGGUCGGAUCUGUUGCCCUUGGAGAGCUCCCACCAUGGGGAAGGGGAGCAAGACAGGUGUAAAUACUACAGUGAAGAGAAACUGAAGAGAGUGACGGAAGAUACGGAGAAUCGCUCUGAUAUGGAUGGAUCCCCUUCAAAACACAGGCCCUCUUCCACCCGCAGGCUGGCAGGCUCCACUGAGAAAGAGGGGUCCUUUGAGCCUUUCCCUAAGGACAAAGGGAAUGCCACCAGUGUGGCAGCACUAAGGUCCAACUUUGAGAGGGUUAAAAAGGUUAAUUCACAUUCUCCUGGUGAUAGCAAGGAUGCUGCUGAGAAGCCCUUCUAUGUGAACAUGGAGUACCACCAUGAGAAGGGUUUAGUGAAGGUCAAUGAUAAAGAUGUUUCUGAUAAAAUAAGCUCCCUUGGUAGCCAAGCCAUGCAGAUGGAACGCAAAAAAUCCUUGCACUCCCUCCCUCCUAAUGUGGUGCCCAGCUUUAAUGAGUUCCAGAGGCCAGCCCACCGGGGAAGAUCUUCUGAGAGCAGCUUUGGCUAUGAUGGAGAAUAUGAGGAUGCUGAACUGAACCCCAGGUUUCUGAAAGACAACCUAAUAAAUGUCAAUGGAGGCAAUCGACCACCUUGGCAACCAAUGGACUUUCAGCCCUACCAAAGCAUCUAUGUGGGUGGGAUGAUGGGGGAAGGAGAAAGCAAAGGACCUAUACUGCGGAAUCAGAGUGCCUCUGAUCAGGAAAAGCAUCUUACCUGGCCCAGGAGGUCUUAUUCCCCAAGGAGUUUUGAGGACAUUGGGGGAGGGUAUACCCCAGAUUGUAGCUCUAAUGAGAACCUCACAUCCAGUGAGGAAGAUUUCUCUUCAGGGCAAUCUAGUCAUGUUUCCCCCAGCCCCACCACUUACCGCAUGUAUCGGGAGAAAAGCCGUUCUCCAUCCCAAAAUUCUCAACAGUCCUUUGACAGCAGCAGCCCACCAACCCCCCAGUCUCAAAAGCGGCACAGGCAACAGCCAGUCAUCGUGUCUGAAGCCACUAUUGUGGGAGUACGGAGAACAGGACAGAUCUGGCCAAAUGAUGGAGAUAUGCCAUCUGGGAGAGGUCCUCAUGACAGCUGUUUCCAUGGAGAUGCAGAUGCUUCAUUCAGUGGAACGCCACCUAGUUAUGCCUAUGAUGCAGACCGUGCCGAAGAACAGCGGCGACACCAUGACAUGAUGCCCUACAUUGAUGACUCUCCAUCCUCCUCACCCCAUCUCAGUUCCAAGAGUCGGGGCAGCCGAGACACACUCUCCUCAGAGUCUUUGGAGUCCACAAAAUCAAGUGAGCCAGACUUGGAGAAGGGCUUGGAGAUGAGAAAGUGGGUCUUGUCUGGAAUCCUAGCCAGUGAGGAAACCUACCUGAGCCACCUAGAGGCUCUGCUGCUGCCCAUGAAGCCUUUGAAGGCUGCUGCCACCACUUCUCAGCCUGUACUGAGCAGUCAGCAGAUUGAGACGAUUUUCUUCAAAGUGCCUGAGCUGUACGAGAUCCACAAAGAGUUCUAUGAUGGGCUCUUUCCCCGAGUCCAGCAGUGGAGUCACCAGCAGCGUGUCGGAGACCUCUUCCAGAAACUGGCCAGCCAGCUGGGAGUGUACAGGGCCUUCGUGGAUAACUAUGAGGUUGCCAUGGAGACAGCAGAGAAAUGCUGCCAGGCCAAUGCUCAGUUUGCUGAAAUCUCCGAGAAUCUCAAGGCCAGAAAUACAAAGGACUCAAAAGAUCAGACAACCAAAAACUCCUUGGAAACUCUGCUGUACAAGCCAGUGGAUCGAGUGACACGCAGCACACUUGUUCUUCAUGAUUUACUGAAACACACUCCAGCAAGCCACCCUGACCACCCGCUCCUGCAGGAUGCUCUGCGCAUCUCUCAGAACUUCUUGUCCAGUAUCAACGAGGAGAUCACACCCCGCAGACAAUCUAUGACUGUCAAGAAGGGAGAGCACCGGCAGCUCUUGAAGGACAGUUUCAUGGUGGAGCUGGUAGAGGGGGCUCGGAAACUGCGCCACGUCUUUCUUUUCACUGACCUGUUCCUGUGCGCCAAGCUCAAGAAGCAGCUUGGCGGGAAAAGCCAGCAGUAUGAUUGUAAAUGGUACAUUCCGCUCACAGACCUCAGCUUCCAAACUGUGGAUGAGUCCGAGGCAGUGCCCAACAUCCCACUCGUGCCUGAUGAGGAGCUGGAUGCCAUGAAGAUCAAGAUCUCCCAGAUGAAGAAUGACAUCCAGCGAGAAAAGAGGGCUAACAAGGGCAGCAAGGUCAUUGAGAGGUUGAAAAAGAAGCUGUCUGAGCAGGAAUCUCUGCUGUUGCUGAUGUCUCCCAACAUGGCUUUCCGGGUUCACAACCGGAACGGCAAGAGUUACACAUUCCUCAUCUCGUCAGACUACGAACGGGCAGAGUGGAGAGAGAACAUCCGGGAGCAGCAGAAGAAAUGCUUUAAAAGCUUUUCGCUCACGUCCGUGGAGCUCCAGAUGCUGACAAACUCCUGCGUCAAGCUUCAGACCGUCCACAACAUCCCCCUCACCAUCAAUAAAGAAGAUGAUGAAUCGCCCGGGCUCUAUGGAUUCCUGAACGUCAUUGUUCAUUCUGCUAUGGGGUUCAAGCAGAGCACAAACCUGUACUGCACAUUGGAGGUGGAUUCCUUUGGAUAUUUUGUGAACAAAGCUAAGACCAGAGUGUACAGGGACACUACGGAGCCCAAUUGGAAUGAGGAGUUUGAGAUCGAGCUGGAGGGAUCGCAGACCCUACGGAUUUUGUGCUAUGAAAAAUGCUACAAUAAAACCAAGCUCACCAAAGAAGAUGGAGAGAUCACAGAUCGAAUCAUGGGGAAAGGCCAGAUCCAGCUGGAUCCGCAGGUGUUACAGGAUAAAGAUUGGCAACGCACAGUCAUCUCAAUGAAUGGAGUUGAAGUGAAGCUGUCAGUGAAAUUUACCAGCCGGGAGUUUAGUCUGAAAAGAAUGCCAUCUCGUAAACAGACUGGGGUCUUUGGAGUCAAGAUUGCCAUUGUCACCAAGAGAGAAAGAUCAAAGGUGCCUUACAUUGUGCGCCAGUGUGUGGAGGAGAUAGAGCGACGUGGGAUGGAGGAGGUGGGCAUCUACCGUGUCUCUGGGGUUGCAACUGAUAUCCAAGCUUUGAAAGCUGCUUUUGAUGUCAACAACAAAGAUGUGUCCGUGAUGAUGAGCGAGAUGGAUGUUAAUGCCAUUGCAGGGACAUUAAAAUUAUACUUCAGAGAACUGCCUGAACCCCUCUUCACAGACGAACUGUACCCCAACUUUGCUGAGGGCAUUGCACUUUCAGACCCUGUUGCAAAGGAAAGCUGCAUGCUGAAUUUACUGCUCUCACUUCCAGAACCCAACCUCGUGACAUUCCUUUUCCUUCUGGACCAUUUAAAAAGGGUUGCCGAGAGAGAAAGCAUCAACAAGAUGUCCCUGCACAACCUGGCAACUGUCUUUGGACCAACGCUGCUCAGACCCUCAGAGAAGGACAGUAAGAUUCCUGCUAACCCAACCCAACCUAUAACAAUGACUGAUAGCUGGUCACUAGAAGUCAUGUCCCAGGUUCAAGUUCUUCUUUACUUCCUGCAGUUGGAGACUAUCCCCACCCCAGACAGCAAAAGGCAAAGCAUCCUCUUUUCCACCGAGGUGUAGGAGUCUGGUCACAACAAAGGGGCUUGUACAACUGUUCUUGGUGUGAACCUGCCAGUCUGAGAACAGGAGAACUGUUUCUUCUUCAGACAUUACUGGCCUGGUCCCGUCAUGAGGAAGCAUAGCCUUCAGUGCUUCUGCUGUUUGUCAAACAGAGCUAAGCUGAAGAAUAAGGAGAAACUCCCUCUAGUUUUGAUCUAUAGAAUAGGGAAGAAUUGGACUGGACAUGGAGCUGUACUGAAAGGCUCCACUAGAAGGAGCAACAGACACUUUAACAAAUGCAACACAGAGUGCAGUUGUUGCUCUUGGGAAGGUGAGAAGGUAUUCCUCAUUUUUAUGGAUGAAAUUUAUCAUCAAGAAGCUUCAAGCUUUCUACGUGAACACUUGUCAGAAUGCCCUUCUGGGGUGAAAGGGGAAUUAAAGGCUAUAUCACAAGUGUGUCUUUAAUAACUGCUGUUUUAAAGUACUGUUCUGGGCCACAGAGAAUAGUAUCAUUCAGCAAGGGGAUCUUUGAUUCCUCCACUGAGAAAUUCAAGUCUUGAUUUGAACGGGGUUUUUGAAAAAUAAACUAGAAGUUUUGUGUGCAACUGGACCUGUUGUUUUUUUGUCUCUCUCCUACCCCUUCCCUUGUAAAUGUUUGUACAAACUCUAGGAAAGGGGGUAUCCUUUUCUUGUCUCUUUGUUGCAAUUCUGACCUUUUCUUUUGGUGUCAAAGGAGCCAGACCCACUUGCAUUAUACAACAGAUAAGUACAGUACAUGAAAGAAAAGCUCACUUAGUUGUUUAUAAUGCAGAGGCAGUGUUGUCCAAAAUUGGUUGCUACAUUCUUUGGGACCUUCGAAAUUGAAUGGAAACUCCUAGCUCUCCACACAAACAGAUGUUAAUACCUGUGCUAAAAUAAGCACUACAAACAUGUACUGAAGUAUCUUCAAGCAUUUGGGGACAAAAAAUCAACAGCUGUCUUUCUUGCUGGCUGCUUAAUUGAAACUUUUAUCAAAAUGACAUUUUUGAUACUUGAAUUUUUUGAAGCUUUGUAUGUUGCUUCUACAAGAGUCUUUUUCUGAUAGAUGCAAAUACUUUGAUAGGCUAUGUCACAAUGUACUGUAUGGACAAUCUGCUAACAGGUAGCGUUUUGUAUUCUUCAGAAAUUUCUACCCUGUUGGAAUUAAGAGCAGUGCAGAAAUUUCUAUAAAGCUACACAUAGCAGUACACCAGGUGGGACCUAAUACUCACUCCACUUACACCUGUGCGACCACACUGACGUCAGUAGAGUUCCAUGGGUGUAAGUGGGAACAGUAUUUGCCUUGGGAAUUGUAAGCAUAAGCUAACUGCAUGGUCUCAUGACCAGAGGAGACUAUUCAGGUCAUGAAACAGAUGUGCCAAGCAUCUGGGGAGAGGUUUCAGCUGCAUCAGAGUCUCCCUUAGCCUGUGCUACCCACUUCACUAUGCAGUAUCCACUUUAGUUGCAACCAUCCAUCAACACCCUGGCUUGAAGAAAAGAGCAGUCUGAAGACAAGAGAAAGAAGGGGGAGAAAAGCAAAUUUUAAAAUUAACGACCCACAUAGCUGAAUCAUAAGCAGUAUGGGGGGGGAGAAGAAUACUAAAGAGAAAAAACAAAUCUUGUUAUGCCGAAUUUUCUGAAGGUCUCAGAACUCUCUGCUCAAAUAAAUAAGAGGAAUCUUCCAAAUGAGAGAGAGAAAAAAAUAAAAAUUAAAAAAAAAAAGGGAGAACUAUUUAGCAGUCAACAUAAUUGACUGCUGCAUAAUAGAUGUUGUUGUACUGUGAAGUGGGAAAUUCAAAAGAAAAAUAUAAAUUAUUUCGAUUUUGUGAGUAUCUCAGCAUUUUGCAUGCUAUUAUAAGAAUUCUUAUAGGCAUUUACUAUUGUUUAGCACCCCUCUUUUCUUAGGUCUGGAAGCAAAUCUCUGUGUGUUGUAAUGUACAAUUAGAAAAUCGCUCGACUGUAUUUUUGCUACAUUCCAGCUUCUACACCCCCUUGCUAUUCGAACCUCUGAGACAGAAAAGUGUGUGUAUUAGGAGGUGCUUGCAGGGGCAGGGCGAAGGGAAACAAAAACUUGGUUUAAAAAUGGGUUGUUUGUUUUGUUUUUUUAAUUUUGGCCUUUUAUAAAACUAAAGGUAAAACUAGGCAAUCCUGAAAGAUACUGUCUCAAGAAAAGGUUACAGACCAGUAACACACUCCAUAGUUUUCUGCUUUUAUGUACUUGUUUUUGUUUUUAAAUAGCAGCUCUGUAACAAUCCUCUUAGUCAGCUGCACAACCACCCACUCCUUUACAAAAUUCAAAUGUUUGAUAUUUUUGAGGCAUCAGCACUGCAGGUUUUUCUAGUUCAAAAAUUCUACUCCAGUCACUGGUGAUCAUUUACCCCUUUUGGUCUUUGUAAUCUGUGGGUGCAGUUUGCAGUGUUUAAACUGGAAAGCAAUACCAUAAUGACUGUGCCAAUUUACUUUUGCCUGACUUUUUAUUUUUAUUUAUAUAGGAAGUAUAAUUUUAAGUUACCAAUUUAUAUUGUGUAACAAUAAGAAAAUUGCUUCUGCUUUGGUUACUGUUACAGGUUGUUGCUUUUAGUUUUUCAGUAUAAUACAAUGCUUGAUUCUGCUGUAACCCUAUCUAACAUGCAGGCAUGUGGAUGAGAAGACUUUUUGUAGUUAAUUUAACGUAACACACAAAGUAUUUCAGUUGAAUAUGAGUGUAAGUUUUCCCCAAAGCUGGUAAUUUUGGGCUGGAGAAAUAGCACAUCCUAUGAUGAGGGUGAGACCGUUGAUUUAUUUGAACUUUGAGAAUGGAGUAGUUGAGCUUCCGCUAGCGUUGUAAGCUUUACAAAUGGACUGUGCUUUGAGAAAUUCAGAAUUCACAAAAGGAUUAUGUCCUCUGCCUAGUGAUCCAUUAAGAUUCUUAAGCCACACUAAACAAAAAGUGAUGGGCACCACCUAGCUUAGGCCAAAAUCCAGUCUGUGUAUCACCACUUGUUUUUAAAAAAAAAAAAAAAAAAAAAGCAACAGUCUCUCCUUUAUUCAGAAAUAGCUUUAGUUUUGUUCCUUUCGAUUUUAUUUUAUUUUAAAUGUUGAGUAGGCUUUUAAACCAGCAAAGUACAGUAAUGUUGAGUAAAAUGGGCAAAUAAACUAUGAAAAGUAGCUUUUGAGGAUUGAUAAAAAUUACUUAGAUCUGUUUCAUCUUUGUGUGUGUGUGUGUCACUUCGUAUUGGGGCAAGUGUCUUAGUUGAAACCAAAUUGAAACAUAGUCAUUGAAAUGCUGCUGGUGAAUUUUACUCUUGCACAAUUUAAAGAGGUGAGAUAGUGGUUAGGCUAAAUCAGGCUGUACUUUUAUAUGCUGCUAAUUUUCAUGUAUCAGCUAAAGGCAAAAUACAGCUAUACUUGAUUACCUUCACUGAUGCUCACUGCCUGCCUUGAUUCUGAGCUUCAAUUGCUAAGUGAAGUACAGGGCAAUCAAUAUGUAGCAUGUGAUGUGAAACUGCAAUGUUUCUGUAGGUCACUAGGUGGUGCAACCGUGGAAUCUGUUAAUGGAGAUGCAGUAUUUUUACACUACUUACUCAUUUUAACUGUUCCCUAAUCUGAUCCACUGAUACACUGUUAUGUUCACUUUCUGUAUAGGUUCAUUUAAACAAAUGUGAUGUUCUGUAAAGUGUAUAAAGGAUCUCCUAACUUGCUCAUUACCCACUGCAACACUUACAGGCAUUAUGGUAUGUGUUCACUUCUCUCAACUGUGCCAUUCCUUGAAAAUGCUUAAGUGUAAAUUGAUCACCAUGGCCUUUGAAGGUGCUUAAAACCUGCAUCUUAACAAUGGGAAAAUAACACCCUCUUGUCCAUCACUUAUUUCAGUGCCUACAUAUGUACUAAGAUGACAUUAUUUUGGGGGCUGCAGUCCCACUUUGGAAACUUUUUUAAAAAGAAUUUGAAAUGUUCAAAUGAACUCUGCCCUUUCCCUUUUCCACUCGGAAUUUCAAAGGAGGAAGAAUUUUAUUACAGGAAGACAGAAGCGUUCACAUUGUGCUUAUGUGCCUUGAAGAAAUAUGUCUUCUGAAUCAGUUACUUAGCAUUCAGACACUGAGGUCUCCGGUUUAGUGUUAAAGCUAGAAUGAAAAGUGAGUGUUAAGGCUCAGUAUAUAAAAGUUUUCAUUAAGGGUACCUAGGUUGACCUCAAAAUCAAAGGAAAUCUCCUUUAAAGAAAGCUCUUAUAGCGGAAUAAUAAUUAAUAUCCACCCUCACGCCCCACCGAUUUUUGAAUAUGAACAAUAAAAACAUGAGAGAAGCAUGAUUAGGAAUCACAUAAAUCACAUGGUCUGGCAAAAGAGAAAACGAUCCCCUCUCCUUAAGUCACAGAAAAAACUCAUACCCCUAGACGUACGCUGAGCUAAGAUUGUAUUGUCAGUAAACUAAAAUGUUAUUGUAUUCAGCACUUAGUCUACCACUUAUGAUGUGCUGUAAUCCUUUUCUCUUGCUACUGGAAGCUGUUACAUUCCAAUGAUAGGUCACUUGUCCUCAAAUAUGGGUGGGGGAGCUUCUAUACAUUAGUGGUUGUAACAACAAAAAGGAAGGGAGAAAAAGCUCAGAAAACCCAGUCCAGAACUACAAAAUCACCUGGAAGUUGAUUUAAAAAAAAAAAGCCAACCUCAACACUGAGAGCAUAAAAUGUCACAAUAUACAAUAAUUGUGAAGUGUUCACAGCAGUAGGACUAAAACAAGCUUGAUAUGGAGGCUAACAAACAUCCUGAGUCAUCAUCUCUGCUAGGCACAUCUCUAGGAAGUCCAGUCUGCCUCUCUAGGGCACACAAAACAUAGCAAUGGAACUGCCAACAAGCAGAAAAUAUGGCAGUGACUCAUACUAUUCUCCCCCAUCCCUGUUGCCGAGUCUCUGCACUACUGUACUGUACUGAAAUCUUAGGUGAGGCCAUUGUAAAAUAAUGCAUAUGCAGGUGAUCUAUACAUAUACUUUCCAUGUCCUUGGCUUUCCUUCUACCCUGAAAGGAGAAAGAAGCAUCUCUUUUCUAGCAGAAAUUUGAGCGACUUAAUGUCCAUGUACAGUGUGUAAACUGUCAUAUUGGCAGACCCAGUUAUAGUAUGGCUGUUCCCUGAUAUGUCUGAUAUAGUUUAGACUUUUGAAUGUACACUGGACCAACUGUGCUACUGUUUUGGACUUGCAGGGCUGCACCAUUGUUUAGAGACAUGAUUAAGACAGUUUGGUUGCAUUUACACCCUUAAGGAUCCAUGUUUUAAACAUGUCUGAAAAUUACAGUACUUCAACAAAGUGCCCCAGCACAGGAGUAGUGUCUUGGGCCCUAUCUGCUCUAGAGCUUGCUAUAUACUAACUACAGUUAUGUUCAAAUACUGUUGUCAAAAACAUUCCACAUGGAUUUACCAGUAUGACGGCUGUUAGAACAGCCAUUGCAGUUUCUCAGUCCAGUGGAGACAGGCUAUUUUUUAAGUCAUAUUAGCCCAAGAUGUGCUCCAGAUUAACCAUCUAGCUACUCCAUAGCCUGGAUUCUGAAAGCAGUUGUAUCACAGGCCUAGUCUUAUUUCCUAAUUUAUGUGUGGAGGGGACCUUGUGUGUGUGGAACAUACCUUCUUGCAUGGAAGGGGAGUUGAGUUGCCUAAGUGGCAGCACCCCCCUGCUUAUCCCAGUAGAUGCCAUGGAAGAUACUCUGUGAGUCUGGGGUUCCUGCACAGAUAAUGGACAGGGCUUCCACGCAUAUGGCCUUGAUCACCUAUUGAUUCCCCAGAUCCCCACGUCUCCCAAGGGAUGUAUGGAGUUUAAGUGUGGGCCUCACUGCCUGUUCAGUAGAGGAGCAAAUCCACCUCUUCCCCCACCCCCAAUGGAAUCAUCAAGCAUCAAUCUUUGCAAAAAGAACCUCACAUUUCCUCCCUUUUAGGCCCAUUGAGGAAGCAACUGGGCCUGCAGUAAUGAAUUUGGGUGCAGACAUAAACUGUGUCAGUCAUGGUAAACUAAAACCGUAUUUGAAAACAGCUUCAAAUACUUAAUGCAGAAAGAGCCAUAGCAAAUCCUUCACAGCAGUACUUCCUAGCCUAUCCCCUACCUGAUCCCUUCUUAAGAUACUCACAGCUUGAUGUCUUGGAUUGGCCUUCUCAUCAACUUUUAAAUGCUUGAGAAUGCUGCACAACAACUGCAACGUAGGAGCAUUGGGUAAAACUGUUAUCUACACCAGAGUAGAUGUUUCCAAUUAUGAGUAUCCAAGCUAAGAUCUUAAUACUACAAGUGACUAUGAAAUACUAAAACUGGAAGAGAAGGAUGUUGGAUAACUGAGGAAGUCAGAAUGAAAUAGUGAACUUAAAAAGAAAAUCUCAGAAUGGGACGUUGUGAAAUUUGUCCUUUCUGUGUCUGUUUAGCAAAAAAAUAAAAAUAAAAACCAAGCUUUCUCUUGCCUAUGUAACUUGUGUAGUUUGUUCUUAUCUCUACUGUUGCAAGUGUUUAUAAUCCAUGCAGAGUUCAAAGAAAAGCAGAUAAUAAAAUUAUUUAUUUAAAUAUAAAUACAAUUAAAUUAUAUAAUUAGUGCUAAAGUAUGAGGUGUAGAAGAAACUCGUUUAUUGGUGGUGGGUAAUUUGAGUUUCACCGUAGAGCUAAUAUUGUCUGCAUUGUUUAAUACCGCCAUGUUUCAUGUUAAAGACUCUGCUUUGACAUUUUAUAAUGCUAUUGUUAGUGCUUCAAUACCCAAUUAGUGCUCUGUUUUCAAAAACUGAAUAAAUGCCCUGAUCCUGAAAGGUACUGAGUACACAUAACUCCCACUGAAAUUAAUGAGACUUGCUGAGCUCAAAAGCUCUCAGGAUUAGGCCCAAAGAAUGCAGUAGAGAAAAAAAAAUUUUAAAUGGUCAUGCUGGAUUUUUUUAAAUUUUCUGAAGAUAAAUGGCGUAAAAAAGGAUCCAAAAACUGUAUUUGGAAAUAAAAAUCUAAGGCUUUUUAAGCCGUUGUUUGUACACAAGGUUAAAUAAAAUCUCCUGUCUCUGUG